AAAUUCAAAAUUCAGCUCAAAAUUAUGGAGGUACAUAAACGGAAAUAUAUACACGACGGAGAGAUCGAAGCAAAAAAGCAAAUUAAAACGGAGAAAAACGAUGGAACGGCGGCAUCGGUGACGGCGGCGGUGGAGGACGAAGAAGUUGAGGAGUUCUACGCUAUACUGCGGAGAAUACGUGUGGCGGUGAAGUAUUUCGAGAAGGGAAACGCCGAGAGCGGUGGCGCCGGGAGAAAUCUGACGGCGGCGAAGCCGUGGAGUCCGAAUUUCCGGCAGGAGGAUUUUAAACGGGCUGUUGACGGCGUUAAAGAGAGAGAAAGCGUGGAAGAUAAUGCGGGUUUGGAUCUUAACGCUGACCCGGUUACUGAUCCGAAUUCAGAAGCCAAUUAAUUUAAUUUUUUUUUGGCUUAACUAUUAG